AAUCUAAAAAACUAAAAAAUCAAAACUAAUAAUGGCAGAUAUACCCUAAUUAACAACUACUGAUAAUUCAUAAAAUCCAAGGAAAAUUCCUUAAGCAAUAUUUCUUGAAAAUAUAGAUUAAAUAUGUGUAAAAUAUUAAGUUGAGAAAGUAAUGCAAAGCCUACAAGAAGUUUAUAACAAAUACAAAAUGAUGGAAAUGUAAAUCCUUAAAUAAAAAGAAAGCAUGUAAUCUAAAAUUCCAGAAAUAGAAGAAGCAAUAGAAAUAGUUAACUUUUUAUAAUAAAGAGAUAGUGAUAUGCAUGUUGAUUUUCUCCUAACCGAUACUAUUUGGACUAAAGCUUAAAUUAAAAAAGAUGUUUAAAGAGAAGCAUUAUGGUUAGGUGCUAACGUUAUGGUAGAAUUUUCUUACGAUGAGGCUACUUAAUUACUUAAAAAAAAUCUUGAAAAUGCUACUGGAAAUUUUAAUACUUUUGAAGAAGAUUUAAAUUUUUUAAAAGAUUAAAUUACUACUUGUGAAGUCAAUAUUGCAAGAAUAUAUAAUGCAAAUAUUAAAAGAUAAUAAGAAUUAUAAAAAAAGAAAUGA